AUGGAGUUCAUCAUGGCAAAUCUAGGAGGCUCUAUGCUCGUCCUCAUGUUCUUAAUAGCUCUUGUUUUUCACACCCAUGGAAGCAAGAUCCACCAUAGAGGCAACAAACAUGUUGCCUUCUUCAUAUUUGGCGAUUCUUUCUUAGAUGCUGGGAAUAACAAUUACAUCAACACUACAACCCUUGACCAAGCAAAUUUCUGGCCUUACGGUGAAACUUACUUCAAGUUCCCAACAGGGAGAUUCUCUAAUGGCCGGUUGAUAUCAGAUUUCAUAGCUGAAUAUGCAAAUCUCCCAUUGGUUCCACCCUUUUUACAACCUGGCAAUACCCAAUUCUAUAAUGGGGUGAAUUUUGCAUCUGGUGGAGCAGGUGCUCUUGUUCAAACUUUUGAAGGGUCGGUAAUACCCCUCAAAAUACAAGCAAGAAACUUCAAGAAAGUAGCGGCUUCAUUGAGGCACAAGCUCGGAAGUUCUGAAGCUGAAACAUUGUUAUCAAGUGCUGUCUACAUGUUUAGCAUCGGAGCCAAUGAUUACCUUAGCCCGUUCUUGACAGAUUCUGAUGUUCUUAACUCUUACUCUCAUUCAGAAUAUGUUAGAAUGGUUGUUGGUAACUUCACUUCCAUUACCAAGGAAAUAUAUAAAAGAGGGGCUAGAAAAUUUGUAUUUAUGAAUUUGCCACGCUUAGGUUGUCUCCCAGGCACGAGAAUAAUUCAAUCAAAAGGAAAUGGUAGUUGCUUACAAGAACUUUCAGCCCUUGCAAGUUUACAUAAUCGAGUUCUAUCUGUGGUUCUCUUGCAAUUGGAGAAACAGUUAAAUGGCUUUAAAUUUGCUCUCUAUGAUUUCAACACUGAUCUCACUCAAAUGAUCAAACACCCCUUGAAAUAUGGUUUGAAGGAAGGAAAAUCAGCAUGUUGUGGAAGCGGGCCAUUUAGAGGAGUGUAUAGCUGUGGGGGGAAAAGAGGAGAGAAAGAAUUUGAAUUAUGUGACAAACCCAAUGAACAUUUAUUUUGGGACUCUUAUCAUCUUACAGAAAGUGCUUACAAACAAAUGGCAAAUCGUAUGUGGGGUUAUACUAGCAGCUCUCACAACAUAGGGCCUUACACUAUUAGAGAUCUCUUCCAAGCCCCAUGA